AUGGUUUUGGUGUCUCGUACUGCUUUGCAAGCAGCCAAGGGCGUCACGGCUUUGAGCGGUGUCAGGGCCAUGGCCACUGCCGCUGCGCUGUCCGGUAAGGUCAGAGCGGUGAUUGGUGCUAUUGUUGACGUUCAAUUCGAACAGGAAAAUCUGCCUGCUAUCUUGAAUGCUCUGGAAAUUGAAAGACCAAACGGUAAGUUGGUUCUCGAAGUUGCGCAACAUCUGGGUGAAAACACUGUCAGAACGAUUGCUAUGGACGGUACCGAAGGUUUGGUCCGUGGUGAUGCUGUCGUUGACACUGGGUCUCCAAUUUCUGUUCCUGUCGGAAGAGAAACGCUGGGAAGAAUCAUCAACGUUAUUGGUGAGCCAAUUGACGAAAGGGGCCCAAUCAAGACCAAGCAAAAGAAGCCAAUCCACGCAGACCCACCUACCUUUGUCGAGCAGUCGACUUCGGCCGAGGUCUUGGAAACUGGUAUCAAGGUUGUCGACCUUUUGGCCCCAUAUGCCAGAGGUGGUAAAAUUGGUUUGUUCGGUGGUGCCGGUGUCGGUAAAACCGUUUUCAUCCAAGAACUGAUCAACAACAUUGCUAAGGCUCACGGUGGUUUUUCUGUGUUCACUGGUGUUGGUGAAAGAACCAGAGAAGGUAACGAUUUGUACCGUGAAAUGAAAGAAACUGGUGUUAUCAACCUGGAAGGAGAAUCAAAGGUCGCAUUGGUCUUUGGUCAGAUGAACGAACCACCAGGAGCUAGAGCAAGAGUUGCCUUGACUGGUUUGACCAUUGCUGAAUACUUCAGAGAUGAAGAAGGUCAAGAUGUUUUACUUUUCAUUGACAAUAUUUUCAGAUUUACACAAGCUGGUUCGGAGGUUUCUGCCUUAUUGGGUCGUAUUCCUUCCGCCGUCGGUUAUCAACCAACUUUAGCCACCGAUAUGGGUUUGCUGCAAGAAAGAAUCACAACUACCAAGAAGGGUUCCGUCACUUCAGUUCAAGCCGUUUAUGUGCCUGCUGAUGAUUUAACAGAUCCUGCUCCUGCUACUACUUUUGCCCAUUUGGAUGCCACUACUGUCUUGUCAAGAGGUAUCUCCGAAUUGGGUAUUUACCCAGCUGUCGAUCCAUUAGAUUCUAAAUCAAGAUUAUUAGAUGCUUCAGUUGUUGGCCAAGAACAUUAUUCUGUUGCUACUCAAGUUCAAGAAACUUUGCAAGCUUACAAAUCUUUACAGGAUAUUAUUGCUAUCUUGGGUAUGGAUGAACUUUCUGAACAGGAUAAACUGACUGUCGAAAGAGCAAGAAAGAUUCAAAGAUUCUUAUCUCAACCAUUUGCUGUUGCUGAAGUUUUCACUGGUAUUCCAGGUAAAUUGGUUAGAUUAAAGGAUACUAUCUCUUCUUUCAAAGCUGUCUUAGAUGGUAAAUACGAUCAUCUACCAGAAAAUGCCUUCUAUAUGGUUGGUGGUAUCGAAGAUGUCGUCUCUAAGGCUGAAAAAAUGGCUGCUUCUUCUAACUAA